CCCCAUCAACCCACCUUCCACGCAAUUGUACAAUAUUUUUCAACCUUUUUUUCUUCUUAACUUCCUUAGUUUUUAUACCCAAUCUCCAUUUUUUUUUCUUGCGCUCGACAUAUACAUAGUUGCUGAUUAUUGUUUUCUCUGUCAUGGUGCUCUGUUAUCCUCCAUGGUCUCUUGUCCCUGAGGCUUCUCUGAUGAGAAAUUGUCCUGCAAUUUGAUGACCCAUCGGAGACUCUUCUGUCCAAGGGCCCGUCGAGAGAAGAUGGAUAACUCGAUCAUCACAAGGUCCGAAAAGCAAGCAAACUCCAUCAAAUCCUUACACUCGAAUUCUGUUCAACUUCCUAACAUCGACAAUGAAAUUGUUGGUACAAAGCACAUAAUCGGUGAUGAUCGUAUUAGUGAUGUCUCAAGGGAUGUUAUACCUGUUAAGGACCACGGCGAAAGGCCGACCAGCAGAUCAUCUGUUGAGAAAGAAUUGCAGCCUUUUCUUGGAGCAAAUGAAGCUAAAAAUGGCAAUAAAAGUGCCAUUAACAAAAAAGGGCGAGGGGCAGACAAGAAAGUUGUCAAGGAGAAUGGGGUUAAACAAGGCAGUGCACUUCCUGUGGUCAAAACUCGAAGAGAACCCAAGUCGUGUUUAGGUCGUUAUAUUUAUGUUCAUGAUCUUCCUAAUAGAUUCAACGUUGAUGUGAUCAAACAGUGUCGUUUAUUGAGCAAAUGGAGUGAUAUGUGCCAGUAUAUGGUGAACAUGGGUUUUGGUCCUGAUCUUGGAAACCCUCAGAGGAUUUUCCUGAACACUGGUUGGUUCACCACACAGCAAUUCUCUUUAGAUGUCAUAUUCCACAACAGAAUGAAACAGUACGAGUGCUUGACCAAUGAUUCAUCAAAAGCUUCAGCUAUCUUUGUGCCAUAUUAUGCAGGGCUUGAUGUUGCAAGGNUCUGGGUCUCAUACCUCAGGCUACACCCCAUCCAAGAUCCUAACAUCAGAAACAAUUGGAGAAACAAUUUGUUGUUGAACUAG